AUGAGGCUAUCGCGAUUAUUGAUAUCUCUCUCCGUGUCCUGGGCUGGUGCAUUCUCAUUCAAUGCCUAUGACCUUGGACUCUAUGGCCUCUAUCCUCGUCGGCAUUUUCAAUCUGUCAAUCUGGAAGCACCAGCCCUGAAGACAACAAAAUGGGAUUCUCGAUGUGACUCGGGGAAUAUUUUCCUCACUCCAAGAGGUCCCUGGGUGACAGGUCAUGCCAGGGGUCCGAUCAUUCUUGAUGCACGUGGUGAACUGAUAUGGAUGGACAACAACGACUUUGAGCAAGCGAUGAAUUUGAAUGUGCAGAGCUAUAAGGGAGAAGAGUACUUGACUUUCUGGACGAAGAGCAAAAAGAAUAAACAUAAGAAGCAUUCUAAGAAAUCAUAUGUUAUGCUUAAUUCUUCCUACGAGGUAGUCCACAGAAUAACGCCCCAUGGCAAAGGGCUCAAGGGGGACUCUCAUGAGUUUCGCAUCACCCCACAAGGCACAGCACUCAUAACUAUCUAUCAUAAACACCAGACAGAUUGCACCAAACUCGGCGUAGGGGAGAGUUGCUGGAUCCAGGAUGGGCUGUUUCAAGAAAUCGACAUCGAGACUGGAAAACUCCUUUUCGAGUGGCGAGCAACAGACCACAUAAGCAUGCACGAUGUGUUCAGCAAGCCUUGCCGCAAGGAUGGAUAUGGAACAUCAAAGCAAGAUGCAUUUGAUUUCUUUCAUAUCAAUAGCGUGGAUAAGAUCGAGUCUGGAGACUAUGUCAUUUCCGCCCGUUACAUGCACGCCGUGGUCUGCAUCAGUGGAAAAACAGGCGAGAUCUUGUGGCAGCUGGGUGGCAAGAACAACAACUUCAGAGACUUGAACACUGCACUCGAUUUCGCGUGGCAACACCAUGUGACAUGGCAGGGGAAUAACACGAUAUCCAUCUUCGACAACCACGCCAACAGUGUUGUCCACAGUCCAUCGAGCUACAGCAAGGGCAUGGUAAUUCAGCUCGACUUGGAAGAUAUGACUGCUAGUCUUGUGCAGAAAUACAUCCAUCCAGACAAGAUCCUCAACGUCUCGCAGGGCUCUGUGCAGAUAUUACCAGAAAGCGGCAAUGUACUUGUGGGCUUCGGUAACUCACCCACUUACGUCGAGUACUCGGCUCAGGGUGACGUCUUAUGCAACACCCAUUUCGCACCCCACAUCGCGUUUGAGAUCAUUGACUUUGGUUUGGCAAAGUCGUACCGUGUGUUCAAGCAUCCAUGGAUUGGGAGACCAAACACAACGCCGGAUGUGAAAAUCAAGCAUGGGAAAGCGUACGUUAGCUGGAAUGGAGCCACUGAGGUCACGGGCUGGAGGCUUGAGACUGCGAGAGGACUACUACAAGAAAAUGAUGAUGGCUUCGUGACGGCCAAGGAGUUGAGUCGUGAUGGCUUUGAGACAAGCUUUGCACUUGAGAAAGCGCACGGCUAUGUUCGACUAGUCGCGCUGGAUGCUAACAACAAGCCAAUAACAUAUUCACAAAUCAUCAAAGUGCCUCCACCUUCAUCGAAACUACUGUCGUCCAUAGUGUUCUUGUGCUUGGUGGUGAGUUUGACUGGAGCCCUAGCCUUCUUGUUGCCAACUUGGAAGACAAUCCGAGUCCCCCGUCGCAUGCCACGGCUAUCACAACUCAGGAGCCGCUGGUACACUGCCACGAGGAAGAACAGGGAGUUCGAUGCCGAAUCAGAACCAUUGCUACUGGAUGUUAGGGAUCCUUGA